AUGAUGAACACAAAGGGAAAAAGGAGAGGCACCCGGUUUAUGUUCUCUAGGCCGUUUAGGAAACAUGGAGUUGUUCCUUUGGCCACAUACAAGCAGAUCUACAAGAAGGGUGAUAUUGUAGACAUGAAGGGAAUGGGCACUGUUCAAAAAGGAAUGCCCCAUAAGUGUUACCACGGCAAAACCGUAAGAGUCUACAGUGUCACCCAGCAUGCCGUGGGCAUCAUUGUAAGCAAGCAAGUUAAGGGCAAGAUUCUGGCCAAGAGGAUCAAUGUGUGGAUUGAGCACAUCAAGCACUCAAAGAGCAGAGACAGCUUCCUGAAGCGGGUGAAGGAGAAGGAUCAGAAGAAAAAGGAAGCCAAAGAGAAGGGCGCCUGGGGCGCCUGGGUUCUGCUGAAGCGCCAGCCCGCACCGCCCAGAGAAGCGCACUUUGUGAGGACCGGCAGAAAAGAGCCUGAGCUGUUGGAGCCUAUUCCGUGA